CCCGUCUGAGGUGCGUAAGCAAAGAGAGAUGUCUGCUGUCUCCCUGAAAAUUAUUCUCAAAGUAAGGAAAUGGCGCUAUUAUAUGAAUCAUUCCAUUAAAUGUGUGAUCUCUCCACCUAGCACCGAGGCGGACUCGGAACGUCUGUUGUCUCACGCAUGCUAAGAUCACAGUUCUGCAUUAAAAAGUUAGCUUAUCCUAGCCAGAUAAAAAAUGCUUUAGGGGCGCCAGGGACGAGCGCCCAAACGUCCGUAAUUUGAAUGACGUAAGCACAUUCAUAACCAGAUUGGCCACAAACGGGCGCAUAGUUACAGUAUGCGUCUGACGUAGCUAGCUGCUCUACUUGGAGCUGGUCCACCCCUCACUCUGAACUUGGCUACUAAUGACAGAGGAUGUGGGAAUGGCUACCGCAAACCCCCUACCUGGGAUUUACCGGAGAACGCUGCGCUGUCCAUCAAGUAGGUCCUGUUUGAGAGGAGAACUCUGCAGGACUAACUAAAGCUGAAGAGUUCGGUCCGGAUCGACCAGACAUCGCUGGUCAGCAACUGACCACCGAGAUAAGCAGACAGUAUUCGCGGACAUUUUCAAGAGCACGGUAUAGGCGCAGAGCAUGGCUAACUGGAACCCAAAGAGUAAGGCCCUUUUGUGUUUCCCGUGUAAAUUAAUGGUGACAAAAAGAAAUCAUAAAGCUGGCAAAAUAAAAUUUCAGCUACUGAAAGUCAAUCAGCAAAAUCUGUUUGUGUCAUUUUCCUCUGGCUGGUCAUAUAGAUAUGCAGCCUGAUUUGUUAUAAAUGUGGGUCUGCUCUUCACUACUGUUCGGCAGUUGUCUUUGUGUGCUCCUUUGCUGUAGCCUAACCUGUUGAGAUGCAGGUGGAUGUACACAAGUAAGAGUAUGCUACUGUCAGUUUCUAUAUAUUAGGAUUACAUUGAAUGUAGGUAGGCUGUGUGCCGGCUAUAAUGCCCUGUUGAUAAGUUGAAAUACAGUAUCCCCACCCCAUUUGUCUUUGUAGGUCAACAUCGUAUGUUUCCUUAAUUAUUUUCUUAGAAAGCACCAGAAUGAUUCAUUUAUCUUUUGAAAACAAAAAAAAAUCUCCCAGGGGAGGAUACCCCCGGAUCCCCCUACAGGACUCUGUUUUCCAAAACUUCAGCCCCACCUAUUAUUUUUCUCACCAGCCGCCACUGGUUUUAGCCCUCCUACUGUGCUGUUGUCCUGGGUAAAAUUUCUCAGCCCUGGGGCCUCAUGUAUCAACGCUUGCGGCGCAAGAAAACCUUGCGUACGCCAAAAUCGGCGCACACGUCCAUAUUUAUCAUCGCGAAACGAGCGUUGGUUCCAGCGCUAAUCAACGCAAAGUCAGGAGGUGGUGUAGAAAUUGGCGUUGAGCUGAUACUUGCGUUGACUGUGAUUCGCACUUUGGCGACGCUGUGUGGCGGUGUUUGGUGACUCACUAUGUGACGAGCGUGCACCACAUCCCCGUGGCCGAGCAGCACGUCGCACCACAUGAUGAACCAGCAGCAGACAGAGGGAUGCGAGCUGAUCCCUGCCGGGCCGCCAUCCUCGCGCGGGAGAAUCUCAUCGCCACAGUGUGAAUGGGUAAGAAGUGAAUACACAGUUCAAUGAGCCAAAUUAAUUUAUUUUCGCCACCAGACGCUCGAGGACAUUUACGAGCCGGUCCAGCCGCUCGUUGAUCCCCACGAUCCCCCUGAUGAUUUCUUCCUGCGAUUGCAGGACCGCCUCUGUGAGGACCCUUCCACUGCGUCCGGGUGGUCCAGCGGAAGCGCCGCGGCUGGUGGACGCUCCACCGCUUGUCGGCGCGCUGGUGCUGAUGCUGGUGCUGAGGCCGGGGGCCGGGAUGGCCCGAAUGCCGCUGGUCCUGGCCGACGACUCCGAGCCGGCGGAUGGGCUGCCGCGGGCCGGGGUUCCGCAAGCCGGCGACACGGCCGACACAUUGAUUUCUGUGACACAAUAAAAAUAUUGGUUCAUUUCAAUUCCUGCUUCUGUGUAUCUGUUGCGUUUACAUCUCUCUCCACGGUAUCAUAGGUAAUGUAAUCCAGUAUUUAGAGGUCAGUUAUGCACAUUUCAGUUAUUUAUCGCAUAAAAAGUGAUCGAAAAAUGAAGUUUAGGGCGAAGUAUAAAUCACGUCUAAAAAUAGACCGAAUCCCGACGUUGAAAUGAAGUAUAAACUUAGACUAGACGUCUAAUAUACGUCUUUUGCUCAGUGGGAUGGCAAAGCAUGUGGACAUUUGUGUGACACGCCACUUACCCUAUAAUAAUCGCCACCACCCGCUGCUCAAACGGUGUGAGGGUCUCCUCCCCCGGACCCCCUCCUGUCUGGCCGGUACUCCUCCGGAGGGCAGCUGUACGCCGCUUGACCUCCACCUUGAGGUCCGACCACUUUUUUUUUAAUCUCCGCGGGGUUGCGUGUCUCGGAACCCACCGCGUUCACCCUCUCGCAAACUUUCUCCCACUCCAAGCGUUUUCGUUUUGCACUGACGCCACUGGACAGGCUGCCAAACAAAACACGCUGUCGCUCCUCCACCUCCGCCACCAGCACCUCCACCUUGCACGCCGUAAAUUUAGUUUUUCUUGUCAUUUUGUCUGCAUGCGAGGACAGGGAGACCCUAUUUAAAUAAAUCUGCAUAUUUAUGUGAGGGCGUAACGGGGACGGGCCCAGUCACUCCGACAUCUGCGCUCAAUUCCACGCUGGUUGGGAUUUAUCAAGGAAACACACAUGGAUUUCAGCGCCCGCACACAUUGAUACAUACGGAUUUUUUUCAGCGUGACGGACCUUGCGUGCGCUCGUUUCUGGUAUGAGUUCCACGCAAGUGUUGAUACAUGAGGCCCCUGGUCAGUUUAACAGGAAACUCAUAUUCAAAUGUGAAUGCUGAUGUAAGUAACUUGUACAUAUUUAAUGAGCAUUUUGAUGGGCAUUAACACAAUUUGUCUCUAUUUUCAGGAUGUCUCUGCAGACAAUUUUGGCCCAAAGUUCUACACCUUACCAGCGGCUACCACCACUGAAGGUCAAAGUUAUUGCCCUUCAAUCUCAAAUGAAGGUGUCUGCCUGGGAAUUUGCAGAGGGGGAGGCACGCCCUCUCAAAGUGCACAACAGUUGCACUGCUGCAGUGUCAGAUAGGGUGUCAGUCACAAAAUUUAUUCUGUUCCAAAACCUUGCCGAUAAAAUAGUCGAGGGUGGCAGCUAUAUUAUUAAAAACUACAGCGUUUCCAAGAACGGUGUCCGGCGCUCCAUGCUGUCAUGCCAAGACACCAACAUAUUUCACACCUCCCUUGUGGAAGUUCCGGCCAAUGUAGAGGAGGAGGGAAGAAAUAUGAUUUGCCCACCAAGCCAGAAACUGUCACUCAAAGACAUCACCGCUAAUAGGGAUGGAUUCAUUACGGUGGAGGGCUGUGUUACAAGCGUAAGCAUUUUAUUGUUGUUGUUGAUAUGGUGACACUUAAUGUUGUGAACAAUUCAUCAUUACUCAGUUAAGGCAGUCAAAACCCCUCUGGGCUCUGUCCUAUCCAGAGGUCUGUUUUUGUAUAGUUCAUAUCACCUGGAGCCUCAUGUAUCAACGCUGGCGGCGCCAGAAAACCUUGCAUCCGCCAAGAUCAGCGCACACGUCCAGAUUUAUCAUCGCGACACGAGCGUCGGUUCCAGCGCUAAUCAACGCAAAGUGAGGAGGUGGUGUAGAAGUUGGCGUUGAGCCGAUACUUGCGUUGACAGCACUUUGGCGACGCUGUGUGGCGGUGUUUGGUGACUCACUAUGUGACGAGCGUGCACCACAUCCCCAUGGCCGAGCAGCACGUCGCACCACAUGACGAACCAGCAGCAGACGGAGGGAUGCGAGCUGAUCCCUGCCGGGCCGCCGUCCUCGCGCGGGAGAAUCUCAUCGCCACAGUGUGAAUGGGUAAGAAGUGAAUACACAGAUACAUGAGCCAAAUUAAUUUAUUUUCGCCACCAGACGCUUGAGGACAUUUACGAGCCGGUCCAGUCGCUCAUUGAUCCCCACGAUCCCCCUGAUGAUUUCUUCCUGCGAUUGCAGGACCGCCUCCGUGAGGACCCUUCCACUGCGUCCGGGUGGUCCAGCGGAAGCGCCGCGGCUGGUGGACGCUCCACCGCUUGUCGGCGCGCUGGUGCUGAUGCUGGUGCUGAGGCCGGGGGCCGGGAUGGCCCGAAUGCCGCUGGUCCUGGCCGACGACUCCGAGCCGGCGGACGGGUUGCCGCAGGCCGGGGUUCCGCAAGCCGGCGACACAGCCGACACAUUGAUUUCUGUGACACAAUAAAAAUAUUGGUUCAUUUCAAUUCCUGCUUCUGUGUAUCUGUUGCGUUUACAUCUCUCUCCACGGUAUCAUAGGUAAUGUAAUCCAGUAUUUAGAGGUCAGUUAUGCACAUUACAGUUGUUUAUUGCAUAAAAAGUUAUGAAAUGAAAAUGAAGUUAAGGGCUUAGUAUAAAUCACGUCUAAAAAUAGACUGAAUCCCGACGUUGAAAUGAAGUAUAAACUUAGACUAGACGUCUAAUAUACGUCUUUUGCUCAGUGGGAUGGCAAAGCAUGUGGACAUUUGUGUGACACGCCACUUACCCUAUAAUAAUAAUCGCCACCACCCGCUGCUCAAACGGCGUGAGGGUCUCCUCCCCCGGAACCCCACCUGUCUGGCCGGUACUCCUCCGGAGGGCAGCUGUACGCCGCUUGACCUCCACCUUGAGGUCCGACCACUUUUUUUUAAUCUCCGCGGGGGUGCGUGUCUCGGAACCCACCGUAAAUUUAGUUUUUCUUGUCAUUUUGUCUGCGUGCGAGGACAGGGAGACCCUGUUUAAAUAAAUCUGCAUAUUUAUAGGAGGGCGUAACGGGGGCGGGCCCGGUCACUCCGACAUCUGCGCUGAAUUCCAAGCUGAUUGGGAUUUAUCAAGGAAACACACAUGGCUUUCGGCGCCCGCACACCUUGAUACAUACGGAUUUUUUUCAGCGUGACGGACCUUGCGUGCGCUCAUUUCUGGUACGAGUCCCACGCAAGUGUUGAUACAUGAGGCCCCUGGUCUCCUUGCUUAAAAAAGGCUUCUAAAACCUUAGCCUUAAAGCACACAAAAUGCAAAUGUAUUGAAAUGUCUGUAUCUGUGUAUUUAGAUCAGCAAAAUCAUGCAGAUCAUAAGCCAACACGGUCCACCGGUGCCUUUGGCUAACAUAAGGCUCAAAGAGGUAAGUAAUAUUCUUCUUUUGGAAGUCUUUCCAAAAGGAUAGAUAAAGUAGUAUCUAAUCUAAUCUAAUCUGAUCUGAUUUGAUCUAAUCUAAUCCAAACUCUCAAUGCAAACAAAAUUAUAUGUAGAAUGAAGAUUUAGGCAUUAAGAGCUGUUAGUAAUGCAUUUUUUAUGAGGCCUGUUUUAUCAUUAUAGGGAGAAGUAGAAGUCAAGGUCUGCCUGUGGCGUAAGGCUACAAUGGUUGACCUCUGCGUUGGAACGCCAUGCAAGAUGACACACCUGCGCAUUAAAAAUUCCCCAGAGUAUGGCUUUUUCGCUGCACAGCACAAACUUUUCAGAGGUGAAAGUAAGUCUGACAUUCACAUAUUAUUUAAUUCCUUGACCUGUUGCCCCCUUUAUGAUCACUGUUUUGAUUCUAAUCAGAUCUGAUUGUACAAUCAAGUGUGCAGAAAAUCUCUAAGCAGCAAAAUUGAACCUAUGCUUUGGUCCAAACAUGAUGGAGUGCACUGUGUAAAAUAUUUCUCCUCUGCAGAUGACAACCAAGCAGAUCAAGGUGUCAAUCAGAGGAUUCUGCGAUGACAGGGAUGACUGUAUCCAGAUACUGGAUGACCAAAAUGUUGACUGGUUUGUCCCCAAAAACAUGUGGGACGAAAAAAUUCCCAGAUGCUUUGGCUAAUAUGCCAGAAAAAGUAAUUAUAAUUUUUGAGGAGGAGAAUGUGGUGGAAAUUUUGUAAACAGAUAAAAUGAAUUGACCUUGCUCUGUAAAUAGUUAAGCUUUUAAUUGUUAAUUGUAGAAAAAUGUUAUCAACUUAUUCUAGAUCUACAUUAAUUCAUUUAGUGGUGC